UUAUGCGCUCUUUACAAAUCCUCGAACGGUGCCACAGUUUCUUGCGGUGCCGCGGCACAAAACCAGUUAGGAAAGCCGAGCGACUACAGACCAAAAUGUUCGUCAUCAUCGCCCCGUUAGUCGUGGCCACCCUGUUGGGAUGCGUUACGGCCAAUCCCACCGUCGCCAGGUACGACAAUGUACGGUUGUACCGGUUCUUCAUCGAAACGGAGGAGCAAGUGCAGAUGCUGCAGAAGCUGGAAAGUUUGAGCGACAGCUACGCGUUCAUGGGACACGCCCGGCAGGUGAACCAAAACCUGACGGUGAUGGUUUCCGCCCACAAGCUGGCCGAGAUCACCGAGCUGAUGUCGAGGUACCAGCUGCAGGGCACAGUACUGUUAUAUAACAUGCAAGCGCUGAUUGACGAGGAGCAGAAAUGGAUCAUGCCGAAGGACACCCGGCCGGAGGACUUCCGUUGGUCGCACUAUCAACACCUGGACACAAUCAACCGCUGGCUGGAUUGGCAGGUUUCCCGCCACCCCCUGAAGCUGGAGUUGAUUGAGCUGAGCGCGAGCUUCGAAAACCGGCCGUUGCGUGGCGUGAAGCUGUUCAGCAACCCGGCCAACAGUGCCGUCUUCGUCGAGUGUGGCAUUCACGCGCGCGAAUGGAUCUCGCCGGCCAGCUGCACGUUCAUCCUGAACGAGCUGCUAACGUCCGGCCGCCCGGAAGUGCAGGGGCUGACGCAAAACUUCAACUGGAUCAUUUUCCCGGUGGUCAACCCGGAUGGCUACCGGUACACCUUCGAGGGGGACCGGCUGUGGCGCAAAAACACCCAACCGUACGGUGUGUGCCGUGGGGUGGAUCUGAACCGAAACUUUGGGAGCGAUUGGAACGGGCCCGGCGCUAGCUCGGAUCCGUGCCGGUACGAUUUUGCCGGUGGCAGCGAAACCAGCGAACCGGAGACGCGGGCACUCGUGGCGUUCUUACGGAACGGCGUUGACCGCUACCGGAUUCGCACCUACUUCUCCAUCCACUCCUUCUCCCAGCUGAUCAUGUUCCCUUACGGUUUUACGAGCGAACGGGUGCGCAACUACGACGACUUGGUUGCGAUCGGGCACGAGGGCACCGCAGCGAUCGAGGGAAAACAUGGCAAGAAGUAUGUGUCCGGGGCGCUGAUUGAAACGAUCUACCCAUCGUCGGGCGGCAGUAGCGAUUGGGUUUACGCCGAGCUGAACGUACCGAUCUCGUACACGUUCGAGCUGCGUGGUGCACCGGACAGCAACAACAUGUUUUUGCUGCCCGCCAGCGAGAUUAUUCCAACAGCCGAAGAGCUGCUGGAAGCGUUCAUUGCGAUGCUGCAGAAGGCGACCCAACUCGGGUAUUACAGCAAUAACUCCGUCAAGGUAGAUCUGUAAAUCAAAUCUCCAAGCCAGCCUGUGUUAUUUUUUUGUAUGUCUUGGUGGGUGCUGGACGGUGCUCAGUUUGCAGCAGAAUGCUUAUCAAACGGCAAAGCCCACGAGAUUACUCGAGGGAGACAGCAGACGAGAGAUAAUUAAGGCGACAGUGAAAUAAACAACACAAUGCGACCUGUUGGCGGAUGAUUGAUGAGCGGCCGCUGCUGGUGCUUGAUUUAAA